AUGUCGGAUGAUGAAAGGGAGGAGAAGGAGUUAGAUCUCUCUUCGUCUGAAGUUGUCACCAAAUACAAAACUGCAGCUGAGAUCGCUAACAAGGCUUUGAAGUUAGUUAUUUCAGAAUGUAAACCUAAGGCUAAGAUUGUCGACAUUUGUGAGAAAGGAGAUUCAUUUAUCAGAGAACAAACUAGUAAUGUUUACAAGAAUGUGAAGAAGAAGAUAGAAAGAGGUGUAGCUUUUCCAACUUGCAUAUCUGUGAACAAUACAAUCUGUCAUUUUUCUCCUCUAGCCAGUGAUGAGACAGUGUUGGAAGAAGGUGAUAUACUGAAAAUUGAUUUGGCUUGUCAUGUAGAUGGGUUCAUUGCUGCAGUGGCUCACACUCACCUUCUUCAAGAAGGUCCGGUUACUGGGAGAGCAGCUGAUGUCAUUGCUGCUGCAAACACUGCUGCUGAGGUGGCCUUAAGGCUUGUUCGGCCAGGAAAGAAGAACAAGGAUGUAACGGAUGCAAUUCAAAAGGUUGCUGCUGCCUAUGAUUGUAAAAUUGUUGAGGGUGUUCUAAGUCACCAACUGAAGCAGUUUGUGAUUGAUGGGAACAAGGUUGUGCUUAGUAUCUCUAAUCCAGAUACAAGGGUUGAUGACUUUGAGUUUGAGGAAAAUGAAGUUUAUGCAAUUGACAUAGUUACAAGCACAGGAGAAGGAAAGCCUAAGUUGUUGGAUGAGAAGCAAACAACCAUUUAUAAGCGGGCUGUUGACAAGAGUUAUCACUUGAAGAUGAAAGCAUCUCGAUUCAUUUUCAGUGAAAUAAGCCAAAAAUUUCCAAUCAUGCCAUUUUCUGCUAGGGCUUUGGAAGAGAAAAGAGCUCGACUAGGUUUAGUGGAAUGUAUGAAUCAUGAGCUCUUGCAGCCAUAUCCUGUUUUGCAUGAAAAGCAAGGUGAUUUUGUUGCACACAUCAAAUUCACGGUCUUGUUAAUGCCAAAUGGAUCUGACCGUGUCACGUCUCACCCUCUCCAAGAAUUGCAGCCCACAAAAACCAUAGAUGAUCCUGAGAUCAAGGCCUGGCUGGCAUUAGGCACAAAGACAAAGAAGAAGGGCGGUGGAAAGAAGAAAAAAGGUAAGAAAGAGGACAAGGCUGAUGCGUCAGUUGAAGCUGCGCCACAAGACUCAACUAAUGGGGCCACACCUAAGGAAUGA